GUGUCUUCCAGAGGGAUGUCUGGGCGCUCAAAGCAGGGUGGCAAGACCCGUGCUAAGGCCAGGUCUCGCUCCUCCAGAGCAGGCUUACAGUUUCCUGUGGGUCGUCUGUACCGCCUGCUCCGGCAAGGCAACUAUGCGGAGCGCAUUGGGGCCGGCGCCCCGGUCUACCUGGCGGCCGUGCUGGAGUACCUGACGGCCGAGGUCCUGGAGCUGGCAGGCAACGCGGCGCGGGACAACAAGAAGACGCGCAUCAUCCCGCGCCACCUGCAGCUGGCCAUCCGCAACGACGAGGAGCUCAACAAGCUGCUGGGAAAAGUCACAAUCGCGCAGGGCGGCGUGCUGCCCAACAUCCAGGCCGUGCUGCUGCCCAAGAAGACCGAGAGCCACCACCACAAGAUCCACUGCAAGUGA